AUGGUUCUGAGUUCUAGGUCUUCCCGGACCAUCCCAAUUUGGUUCGGUCUUCCCGAACCAUUCCAAACCCUCAUCGACUUCGACUUCGACAACGUCGGUCUCAACGUCAAAUUAUUGUCUUCAGGAUUUGCACUUUUAGUUAAUCAGGCUACCUUCAGCCCUGUUGAAGCUAUGAUCUUCCAGCGGCUUUUCACUUUCGGAUAUGUUUGUUCUGGGAUUUGCACAUGUUGUCUCCUUGCUCCGUGCACAGAUUUAAAACAAGGUCCUGACAACGAAAUUGUGAGUUGUCUCCUUGAAAUGUCUGAGGAUUCGUGUGCUCUCAAUACUGAUGGCUCCCUCAAGGAUGCCUCCGAUAUUAUAUUCUACAACGAUCCAAACGAUAGUGUACCACUGCCACAGGUUCCAUCCUCAACUCAACCUACUGCAAAAGACGCCUUCUCUGUGUUGCUCCAGGCUGGACACACACCAGCGCUAGUAACGGCUGGUUCACGGCAUUCCACCCGCACCUCAAAGCCCUCUGCUCAUGUUCGGGAUGCUGACAAUGCAUGUGCCCAGCCUUCAUCUUCAAGCACUGCAUCAAGAAAGUGUGCAUUAUCCAGUGCAACCAAUCCUCCGGCGCCCAAAAAAGCUGUCAUGCGGUUUCUGUCUCCUCUGGACUCUGAUGAAGAUGUACCUUCUUCUCCCCCUAAUCCAGCCCCAGAAGAAUCAUCCUGUGACGAGCUCAUCCCUCAACUGGACGACGAGGAUCACGACGAUGAAAUAAAAUCUGGGAAUGAAGAUGCCACUCAGAUGCUUUCCAAACAUGAACGUACAGCGGAUGUUUGUACCAUAUUUACUUGCACUUCUGAUGGGUGGGUUUGCAACUUAUGCAAGGCUACUGGUGAACCGAUCUCAAAGCAUACCUUUCGUGGUGGAACUUCGACAUUGCGGACUCACAUUGUCCGCAAUAAACGGACACAUUUUCAGGUGUACCAUCAGCGCUGUGAGGCUGCAGGCAUUACGAUGCACCCUCGCGCGAUUCCACCUGGAGAAGACCUUGCCAUGACCCAAACAACUCUUGAUUCCAGUCUUAUUUCGAAACCACCGGUGUUCACCAAGGAAGGGCUACUUGAAUAUGUCAUGGAGCUUAUCGUGACAGAAGACAAGUGUUUCGACAUUUAUUACAGUACAGGACUGCAUGUCACAACAGCCAUGUCAACAACAAAACCUUCGAAUCAGUACGGUGAGUCCUGGAUGCGUGAUGCGAUCAUGGCGCGUCAAGCCGCUGACCAUCACGCAUACAACCCUCAUCAAGAGCUCUCCGCAUACCUCACUUCACCAUUGGAGGAAACAGACAACGUUGUAGCGUGGUGGGGUUACACUCACUGCAAUACCCAACCUUAG